AUGAAGGUUUUCAAAAAUUACAAAGAAAUAAAUAGGCGAUUGGAUUCGCUAGAAGAAAAAAUCGAUGGCAAUAUUAUAAAUGCAAUGCUCAUGAAACCGCGAAUCCUCCCAUUUUCAAGUAUAGAUACGAUAAAAAGGUUCACAAAGGAAGACAGGGUUCUUUACAAUGAAGUCGUAAACUACUUCAAAUUUUUAAAUUGUAUGACGUUAAAAGACAGCGUGCAUCAAUGUGUAAAAGAAUCUAUAACAAUGCAAGUAGCAACGAAACUGACAUGGUGGGGUGUUCCUGAUGUUAAAUUCCCAUUUUACAAUACAGUUUUAUGUCAAGCGAUUUACCAAGCCGUAGGAUCGAAUCGGUACUACCUUAAACCAACCAGAGAAGAAUUUCAAAAAGAAGUUGUGGCAUCUAUAAAAGUUGCAAAACAACGUUUGCGAAAUGCCAGAGAAAGACAUCCUGGAAUUCAAGGGAGGCGAAGAAACUUGCAGGCUGCUGCAGAUGCAUUGUAUAAUGAUGAAAACGUUAGCAAUCACGAAGAUGAUGGAAAUCAAAGCGAAGAUAGCGGCGAGCACAUUACAUACGCAGAAAAUGAAAACGAUAGCGACGAGCACUCUGAUGAAUUAUAAAUUUUUCUACGUUUUGUCUAGUAUA